UCCCCGUCUCUCCAGCGGUAGCAGAACUGCAGUUACACGGAAAAACAGAGAGCAGCGAUCAGUUUUUAACUUUAACACUUUAUUCUGCGGUUUAAAUUCAGCUCAACUACGAUAAAGUGGUCUGCUUCAAGAUAGGCAGUCAUGGCGCUCAGUGAUGCAGAUGUCCAAAAACAGAUUAAACAUAUGAUGGCCUUCAUAGAGCAAGAGGCCAACGAGAAGGCAGAGGAAAUUGAUGCAAAGGCAGAGGAAGAGUUCAACAUUGAGAAGGGACGCCUUGUUCAGACUCAGAGGCUCAAGAUAAUGGAGUACUACGAGAAGAAAGAGAAACAGAUUGACCAGCAAAAGAAAAUUCAGAUGUCCAAUCUGAUGAACCAGGCCAGACUGAAGGUGCUUAAGGCUCGAGAUGACAUGAUUAUGGAUCUUCUAAAUGAGGCGCGUAAGCAGCUGACGGACAUCGCUAAGGACCCAGCUAAAUACUCAACUCUGCUAGAAGGUUUAGUGUUGCAGGCUUUCUAUCAGCUGCUGGAACCCAAGGUGACGAUUCGCUGUCGAAAGGAUGAUUUGCCCAUGGUGCAGGCUGCUGUCCAGAAAAACAUCCCCAUCUACAAAGAAGCUGUGAAGAGUAAAAUUGAAGUUUACAUUGACCAGGACAACUUCCUCUCCCCUGAUAUCUCCGGAGGUGUGGAGGUCUAUAAUGCUAAUGGAAAGAUCAAGGUGUCCAACACUCUGGAGAGCAGACUGGACCUCCUGGCCCAGCAGAUGAUGCCCGAAAUCCGUGUGGCUCUGUUUGGAGCUAACCAGAACCGCAAGUUCAUGGACUGACAGGUGUUCCUGCCACCAGAUGAGCAAGGAGGGUGUUGGAGAGGGAUUGAAUGUGUUACACUUAAACUGAAUAUGACUCUCAUGGAGUUCUAUGCAAGAUGUGCAAGGGCUCAAACUCUCUGUGGAUUUCUCUCAUUCACUUCCCAAAGCUCAACGGUCCACUUCUCUAUUUUUCACUUGUUCUGCAGUUCAUACCUGAUGAAAGAACUGACUGGAAAAGUGCUCAGUGUGCUUGUAUUUAUUCAGUAAAACUCAGUUCAGGACCAGGGCUUACUUUACAGGAUGUGUACGUUACAUUAUGCCCAUGUUAAACUGUUUACUGUGUACACUUGAUUAUCUAGGCACUUAUCUUCCACGAGGGAAGCCCACCAUUUGCACUGUAGUCAGGCAUGUGACUGUACUUCUGCUUUCUGACGUCCGUUUCCCUAAUCGCUCACAAGGUCACCCUUAAUUUCUUCUUGCCUUCCAUGUUGUUAAUUGACUUUGUUACCAACUGCAGUGACAGCUUUCUCAAGGAAGUUGGGAUGAUUACUCUGUCUUAUGUAUGGUUGCUGGUAUGUGUGGUUUCCUGUGUCUUUGUGUCGUUGAAUUGAUUGAUUUUUGUUGCUGUAUGUUGAUGUGAUUUUUAAAACGGAGAAAUAAAUCAAAUAUAUUUUA